AGCGGGAAAAUGAAAAGAGGACUGAUCUUAAAGACGUGGAAUCUGCUCUAUUUGGAAGAACCAUUUACUGAUAGAUGACCAAGUGUUGCAGCACGAGUUUCACUGUAUGACCAAACUCAGAAAGAAAAAUGAAGAAGACUUCCAGACAAAAUGUGUUGAACCAAUCGGCUUACUUGACACGCAGGUCUGCAGGAUGCACGUUGAGAUUUUUUAGGCAACAAACAUGGCCGAGCUGGCAAAUCAUCUCUCUCUCUCUUUGCUUUUCCUCCUAAAUAAGAACAGAAACUCGCCCGCCUCCUUCCCUCUCUCUGUCCCUCACUCUCCAACAUAAACUCUCAGUGUCUCUCCCUUUUCUUUCCACCCCCUCACACACUCUUACACACUUUCUCCCCCUUAAGCUCAUCCCACUCUCUCUCCCUCUCUUCCUUCCUUUUCUAUGUGUUACUCUCUCUCUCUCUCUCUCUCUCUCUCUCUCUCUCUCUCUCUCUCUCUCUCUCUUUCUCUCUCGGGGGCUGAGCGGCCGUAAACGUAAGCGCCCGUCAUCUCUUAUCAUCGCCACUGUGUUCCCAGAGAGCGCGGCAGUCCACAUCUCUCCCUCUGUCUCUUUCUCUCUCUGUCUUCUUCUUCUCGUUCACCGUCUCUCUCUCUCUCUCCUCUCCUCUCCUCUGUGGAUGUAACUCUGAUUCAGAUGUCUGCUGUCAUGUUCUGCGGUCUGAGGAGGGACGUCGGGGCAAACAGUGUCGAUGACGGGCCUUAUGGGAAAACAAAGGACAUAUCAGGUCCAGAGCACAACAUGGCCUCGAGGAGACACAGUAUACCAGAAGCUCUGCGGGGGGUAACCAUGGUGGAGCUGGUGAAGAAAGAAGGCAGCACGCUCGGCCUGACCAUCUCAGGAGGGACCGACAAGGACGGGAAACCGAGAGUAUCGAACCUACGGCCCGGAGGACUGGCAGCCAGGAGCGACCAGCUAAAUGUUGGCGACUACAUCAAGUCAGUGAACGGCAUCAAUCUGACCAAACUGAGGCACGAAGAGAUCAUCAGCUUACUGAAGAACGUAGGAGAGCGAGUCCUGCUGGAGGUGGAGUAUGAACUGCCCCCUACAGCCCCAGACAGCAGCUCAGGGGUGAUAUCAAAGACAAUCGACAUCUGUUUGCACAAAGAGGGGAGCAGCUUUGGUUUCGUCAUGAGAGGUGGUAUGCACGAGGACUGGCACAAGUCUCGCCCCCUAGUGGUCACCUACGUCAGGCCAGGCGGUCCUGCAGACAGAGAAGGCACGCUGCGUCCCGGUGACCGUCUCCUCAGUGUGGACGGCGUACCGCUGCACAACGCCAACCACAGCGACGCCCUCAGCGUGUUGGCCCAGUGCGGACAGGAAGCUCUGUUCCAGAUAGAGUACGACGUCACCAUCAUGGACACGGUGACGAACGCCUCCGGCCCGCUAUUAGUGGAGAUCGCCAAGUCGCCGGGAGCUACGCUGGGAAUCACGCUGACCUCAGCCAGUCAUCGAAACAAGCAGGUCAUCGUCAUCGACCGAGUUAAACCUGGCAGCGUGGUGGACAGAUGUGGAGCGCUGCAUGCCGGGGAUCACCUGCUGUCCAUAGACGGAACGUCGACAGAGCACUGCACGGUCCUGGAGGCGACGCAGCUUCUGGCGAGCACAACAGAGCUGGUGAAGUUAGAAAUGCUCCCCUCCCAUCAGACACGGCUAGCUGGGAAGCAGCACGACACAGUGAAGGUUCAGAAGUCGGACCACCCCCACUCGUGGGACCCCUGCGUCAACUACUGUCACACUGCAAACUCCACCCUCUGCAACACAAGCUCCACCCUCAACAAGUCAUGGACGGCCUCCAACAACAACACCAUCAACAGCCUCGACUACUGCAAGUCUUUGGUUUCUGCCAGUUUCUCCCCGGGCUCUACGACCACGUCGGGCCCCAGCAGUCAGAGCUCCAGCACCCUGCCCCGACCUUCAGUUCCCAUGAGUCCUCGGAACUCGCUGCUCAAACGGCGGCAGAGAAAGAAAGAACACAAAAGUUCCUUGUCUCUGGCGUCCAGCUCGGUGGGUCCCGGUGGUCAGGUGGUUCAUGUAGAGACCAGUGAGGUCGUUCUAACAGGCGACCCGCUAAACGGCUUCGGGGUCCAGCUGCAGGGGGGAAUAUUUGCCACAGAGACACUGUCAGCACCCCCGCUGAUCAGGUUCAUAGAGCCUGACAGCUCUGCAGAGAGGUGCGGCCUGCUGCAGGUGGGGGACCGCCUCCUGUCGAUCAAUGGAAUCCCCACCGAGGACGGGACACUGGAGGAGGCCAAUCAGCUUCUCCGAGAUGCAGCGCUGACCAACAAGGUCUCUCUGGAGAUAGAAUUCGAUGUAGCAGAGUCCGUGGUGCCUAGCAGUGGUACGUUUCAUGUCAAACUGCCCAAGAAGAGAGGAGUGGAGCUUGGGCUCACCAUCAGCGCCAGUAAGAAGCAGGGAGAGCCUCUCAUCAUUUCUGACAUCAAGAAGGGCAGCAUGGCACACAGAACAGGAACUCUGGAGCCCGGUGAUAAACUCUUGGCCAUCGACAACAUCCGACUGGAGAACUGUUCCCGGGACGACGCGGAGCAGAUCCUGCAGCAGUGCGAGGAGCUGGUCAAACUAAAGAUACGCAAAGACGAAGACAACUCAGACGAGCAGGAGACGUCAGGCAGCAUCAUCUACACGGUGGAGCUGAAGCGGUACGGAGGCCCUCUGGGUAUCACCAUCUCAGGCACCGAGGAGCCCUUUGACCCCAUCACUAUAUCCGGCCUGACCAAGAGAGGCCUGGCCGAGAGGACGGGGGCCAUUCAUGUCGGCGAUCGCAUCCUGGCUAUCAACAGCGUGAGUCUGAAAGGUAAACCUCUGAGUGAAGCCAUACACCUGCUGCAGAUGGCCGGAGAGACGGUCACCCUGAAGAUCAAAAAGCAGCUCGACAAUUUGGAGGAGAGGAAGGCGGCAGAAGCAGAGGACACGACGGAGAACGAGAUCAGCGACACCGAGGAGGACGAUUUGACGGACAGCCAGCAGACCAAUAAGCUGUCCGAGCUCUACUCCACGACCAUCCCCAGCGUGGACUCGGCCAUGGAGUCGUGGGACGGCUCAGGGAUGGACGCCGGCUACGGCAGCCAGGGGACGUACAACCACCAGGCAGCGGGUAUCGCCCUCCACCCACAUGAGUGGCGUAGCGCCAAACAGCAGCGCAGCACCACGCCCCCUCCUGGACGCAGGAAGAACUACCCCUUCAGUGACGGAGGCUUCAGUGAGGAUGACUGGGACAAACCACCCGGAUUUAUCAGCCAACAAGAUGGUAUCCUGUUAGAUCCAGACGACAGUUUCUGGUGUCAGGCGCUCGAGGAUCUGGAGACCUGCGGCCAAUCAGAGCUCCUCAGAGAGAUAGAGGCAUCCAUCAUGACCGGAACAGCCAUCAGUCUGGGAGUAGAUGGAGUCAACAAGCCUCCACCUGAGUCCAUCCUGAGCCACAGCAGGAUGAGCCCGCUCCGGAGAAAUUCUCUCCUACACCAGGCCAACUUCCUGCACCAGAAUGCACACCUCCACCAGGGAGCCCACCUGCACGAGGAGGCCCACCUGCACGAAGAGGCCCAGCUCCAUCAAGAUAAAAUGUUUUUUUAUCCAGACAUCCACCUGCACCAGGAGGCCCUUUUCAACCAUGAUGCCCACCUGCACUCGGGGGCCCACCUCCACCCGGAUAACCAGUCCCCUCUGCUGCACCACGACCCCAAGUCCAAGGCCUCCCUGAGAGUGUCGGAGAGGACGUGGGAGUCUCGUCGGAUCAAGGAGGAGAUGCAGGGGAUUCUGUCCCCAACGCCUCUAGAGCUGCACAAAGUCACCGUCAUAAAGGACCCAGAGAACGACGACUUCGGCUUCAGCGUGUCCGACGGCUUCUUGGAGAAAGGAGUUUACGUGAACAUGAUCAGACCCGACGGGCCCGCUGACCGCUCCGGGCUCAGACCCUACGACAGGAUCCUGCAGGUGAACCACGUGAGGACGAGGGACUUCGACUGCUGCUUGGCGGUUCCUCUGAUCACAGAGGCCGGGGACAGACUGGAACUGGUCAUCAGCAGGAACCCAAUGGCAAACGACGACGACGACGAUGAAGACGACUUAGAGGACAAUAACAACACUUUGGACCACCUGCAAGAUCUGUAACACACACACACACACACACACACACACACACACUGAAAGACAGCGUAAGACUAACAGAGACGCGCUUUAACUGGUGAUGAAGUGCAAAGGUACAGCUCCUGGAUCUGACCGAAACAGACAAACCCCGCCUGCCGGCAAUAAUUCUACUAAAACACAGACUCCUUCACAUCAUUGCAUGCACACAAAGUCUCCCCCUUCCACAUCCAUGCUGGAUUCAACUGCUCUUAUAUGUUGUAUUUCUCCAUAGAAGUACAGCCACAGAUCAAAUCCCACUAGAGACCCCCCCCCCCGACCCGCCCCUCCUGAAGGCUGACUCAGAGUGCUCACUGCGCUGUUCCAACAUAAACAACCACUUACUUGCCACUUUAACCUUCCAUUUCCACAGAUUCAGACUCUUUAAAUCUUGUUUUGACUGAAAACAAACGACUCAAACCUGCAAUUUAGGGUGAGGUAAUUUCCGCUGUUAUUAAUGCCAGGCCAUAGAUUUAUGGAAAUGACUGGUGCACCAGGGGGGGAUUUGCCUUAUUACAUAAUAUUGUGGGUGAUUUUUGAGAGACAGGGCCUUGUUCGGUUUGCAGAGUUUCAUGUGUUUUUUAAAACGAUCUGAGAAGAGGUUUGAACAAACGUUUAUGAAGGAAAAGUGUCUCACUUUGGUUUACACUGAUGUAGCCGUGGUAAAAAGUCUGUUCUGCUGCUACAAUUCUGCUGCUCUUCUGUACGGCCCGACCGAUUAAUCAGCCAGCCGAUAAUAUCGGUCGAUAUCAGCAUGUCCAGUGACUAUCGGUAUCGGCUAAUUUUAUCUCAUAAUAUGUGCCGAUAUUACUCGAUUUAUUCUCCAGUCAAUUUUCAGUGCAUUACACUAGCAGUUCUCGUUCACCAGCAGAGGGCGCUAUAUGGAUUACAACAAGCAUCAUCACUCUGCAGAGUGAUGUACGUAAAUGCUCAGUUACUUUCCAGUUUAGUGACCAUCUUGUCUUUAUUUUUAAAUCUUUUCCACAAGUGUUUGAUAACUGCAUUUGAGAAAUCGAUCUCUACAGAUUGAACAUAGAUCUAAGAAAGAUAUCGGCCAAUAUAUCGGUAUCAGAUUUUUUUCUCUAGCCCCACUAUCGAUAUCGGUUUUGGAAAAAUCCCGUAUCGGUCGGGCCCUACUCUUCUGCAAUUUCCAAGAAUCAUUUCCCGGAGAAUUUAACUUUUUCUUAUCUAGGCAUAAAAGUCUUCUAAAUUCGACACAUCUGCACCGUCGAAGUCGAGCAAAGUGAUAUUUUUUGAACAUCUGAAUUUGUGCAAUCAAGACAAGAUCCAGACCAUGAUAGUAGUCAAUCUGUUUUUAUAUAAUCCAAUGAUUAUCGGAAACUCCAGAAUGGAAGGAUUUGGGACUUUCUCAACUCUACUGACAAACUGAACGUUUGAUAUAAGAUAGAAGUUAUUUAUGAAUGUAUCCUUUGCUGUAAGAGGAUUGGAUCGCUGUGCCCCGGAGAGACUACGUUGCCAAAAACAAGAACAUUGUCCUGCUACAUUUUGACCCUAUUCCUACGCGCGAGUCGUCGUUUGGUCUUUGCCGAUCGAUCCCUGCAGCUCUCUGAGACGGACGAAUUCAGCUCACCUCAUUUCAGGUGUACAAAGCCUCAGAGCAUCAGCCACUUCAAAGCUGCAGAGUUCAUGAUUUGGCUCCGGUGUAAUCGCAGAUAAUAACUAUUUAUGCCAGUGAAGGUGCUGUGUGUUGCAUUUCUGAGAGCUUCAGUUAAACAUUCAGGUAAGCGACAUUAAUUUAAUUAACGUUUAACAGGAAUUAAGUGAUGAUCAGCGACCACAAACAGAGCUAAAGCCGGACGUUUUUGAUGAACACAGAAGAAGAAACAAAGACGUGAUUGAGGGAUCAAAUGUUCCUGAGCAGACUGUUAAUACUUUAGUGUUUCUGACCGAGCCUAACUAAAGAGCAGACCGGUAACAGCAAAGACGGCAUCUUUCUUACAUUUAUUUUGUUACACUAAAAUAUCUAAAUUAAUUAAAAAUGGACUAAACCCAUGUUAUAUAUAUUUUGUUAUUGAGUUCUUACAUUACCUCAAGUAUUUCCUAAAGUUAUCAAAACCAGAGAAAUCCUUUUAGAAUCCAUUUUAGAGCCAUGGCAGACACAACAUGUUUGUUGUUGCCGUGGAAACACUGGGUGUUACAUCAAAGGCCCCUACAUAAUGAAGCGUGAGCUGCUACUGAAAGCUGCCGUCCUGUUACUGUAUCUGCUGCUGUGAUAAAAACGUCAUGUAAAUUAUACUCGGAUACAUAAGCUCGUCGGUAAACAGAUUUUCUUGCUCAGGUCGGUUUUUCCCAGGUCGUCAUGACUACUGUCGACUCAGAGUUCGUUUUUAUCAGAGGUGGGGGAGGGGAGAAUCACUCCCAUGAUUCCCCGCCAGCCUCGACGUCAUCUUUUGUUAUUGUCUUGAUUGAGAGCCCUCUGGUGGCGCAAUUUACAAACUGUGCCCCCAAGUCUGUUGGUUCUCCUUCAGCUAUCCUCUAUUUAUGCCCUGUAGACAGGGUGUCCCUGAUUGGACGGGGCCGCCUCUCUUCCCCCACGUGGUGUAAGGGCUAACGGUUAAAAAAACAGGUUUGAGCCUCUGAGCGAACAAACAACCUGCAGAAAGCACAGACUCGUCAGUGUGAACACAGAGCUGAGAACAACAAAACCAGAGGGUCGCAAAUCAUUGCUCCACGAUAUUAGAUCUGUGCUGCGGAUUAAUAAUCAGAAUGUUGCAUUUCAAGCUUUUAAAGAACAACUUUCUCUCUAGUCAUCGUUUUGGACGUCAUUUGCAAAACGUCCCGGCUGCAUUUUUACUUCCUCCUUAUUCACUCCACCUAAAAUAGCUUCACCCACUUUUUGCAACUCAAGCGUGAAAGCAUUGUAGUGAAACAAAUGUAAAGAAACCCGAACCUACAAUUUUUUGACUUUUCCGAAUCCGCCCACACCGGCUGUGCGUACCUGCUAUUUUUGGUGAGUUUGCUAACAGCAGCGAUUCCCUCCACUCAUUCCUUCCUGUUUGAAACUCAAAUCACUGACAGAUUCACAGAAACCAGACAGGCCGUUUGCUCUCGUCCUCUCGUGUACUUUCCAGCGUGUCUGCAGGUGACGUUUUUAUUAUGUAUAUUCCUUUGAGUGUGGACUUAUGCAAGCACAAGAACGAGAAUUAAUAACACGGUUUUUAGAGUGUAAAAAAAAAAAAAAAGAGAAAUAAAGAGAGGAGAGAGCGGCGGAUUAAUCUGUGUGGGAAUGUACGUGUGAAAGUGAGGGAACAGAGAAUAACCUUUGUCCUCCGCAGGGUUGGAAAAUAAUUCGACAGGAACAAUCACAACCUCUGUUCUCGCUCCCUCUCUCUCUCUCUUUCCUCACAUUGUUACACACAGUCAAAAUCCAGCUGCCCCCUCUGAGACCGCCGUGUGUGUGUGUGUGUGUGUGUGUGUGUGUAUGUGUGUGUGUGAGCAAUGUUUCUAUGUAUACUAUACACGUGUGUUUACAUGUAUGUAUCUUAAAGGAUGUCCGUUUUUUCCCCCAUUUGAGCAUGUAUGAGCAUGUGUUUGUGUGUGGAUGUGUAACACAGUGGGAGCUAUGGUGGUGUACAUUUCACUGUACAGAGGUGAUUCUUUUUUUUUUUUUUUUAGCGGGGGAUGGGGUCCGUUAGAAUUUUUCCGUCUCUGAGACUGAACACAGAAUACGAGUCAGAUUUUGAGGGCGAGCUAAGGAAACUUUUUCAUAACUUUGACUUCUCUCCGUGAACCGACUACAAAACAAAAAGAAGCACACUGUUGAAUACCAUGCACUGUAAGUACGUUCAUGUUCGACACGUCAUGUUCGAGUGGUUUUUUUUAUACGCGAUGUCAAGUGGCCAAAAAAACAGUUUUUGUAAUGCAACAAAAAAAAAAAAGAUGAAAAGCCUUCUUUAUUGUUCUGUUAAUUUAUUUGUAUGUACUGUACGUAUGUUUGUAUGUGUGGUCAUCCAUACUCACUAUGCAUCUCUGGGUAGAAGGUCAGUUUAAAGCCCAAUCCGGAAACGCAACGACAGAUGAGCAAUACAUGUUUUUCAAGGUUAUUUUUUUGGACGCUCUUAAUGCCUUUUUAGUUAGAGACAGGACGAUGGAUGGAGUCAGAAAUCCGGAAGCGAGAGUUGGGGAAAGGAGCCACAGGUGGGAUUUAAACCCCAGGACAUCCACUUGUAGGAUGACAGCCUCCAUACAUGGGGGCACGCGCACAAACCAAUACAGCCAAUUUCAACAUACUCCGUUUGCGCAGCGGUAGUUCUCCUGUGAUGUGUGAACCGCGGCGCUGACAGACCGUGGCGCACACAGAGUAUAUCUAAAUGAGGAGUUACUCUCUCCCUGAUUUAAUUCUCUAUCCACAGUCCUGUCUUUACAAUAAAGGCAAUAGAAAAGUACAGCCCCAGGCCGGAUUUGAACCCUGGCCGUCCACUUGGGAGGACCACAGCCUCCGCACAUGGGGGCGCGCACACAAACCACCAGGCUACCAGCUCGACUUUUAAUGAGAUUGUAAUUCCAUUAUUUGCAUUUUAAAACAGUCUAAAGGUACAAAGUAGAACGCUAUUAAUGCAAUAAAAAAGUAUUCAUUUAUUACGGACCUUGAAUCAUAUCCCGAUCAAUGGGUCAAUGCAUCCAAGCCAAGAAGGGACUUUCAAUAAUAUACAAGUCAGUCGACUUGUAUUUUCGCAUGUAAAAUUCUCAGGUCCAAUUUCCUUGAAUUAAAGUGAAUAUUAAGCUGUUGGAGGAAUUUGAAACAGACGUUACGAUCACGUCCAGGAAAAGUAAAAUUGCUCCGAGCCAACUUCAGUAUUCUGGAGAGGUUGGAAGCACUCUGAAAUUAAAGGCGGUGGGCGCUGCUAGCUUAAAAAAAGCUGUUAAUUGACACGGGCGCUUGAUCAGUUUGAUAAGCAUUCAUACAUGUUAUACUGUAAGCUUGCCAGUUAGGCACUCUUCAGAUAACUGGUCAGACCUGACAAUCCAGUCGCCAGUAUUGAAAACAUGAAUUCAGGCGUCUGAACUGGAACCCCAGAAAGAUGCGACUCUGCGGGGGGAGAGGUUCAUGAUUUAGUGUUGUAGUCAAGACCACACUAACAUCAUCUUGUGAGCAGGCGGCGUGUCACUCACUUAGACCGGGAAGGUAGUGGCCGUAACCGGGGGAUAAAAAAAAAAGACAAUCAGUGGUGGUUUUGACCGGUUUUGAUUUAAAAUCCGGAGUCCGCGAAGUCUGAGACGAAACCAAGACCUUCAAAAAGUGGUCUCGAGACAAAGACAGAUUUUGAGUACUACCACACCAACUUUUAAAACUUCUAUCUUAUGAUCUGUUAUUCAUUUUGGUUUCAGGACUUCUCUCUCCUUUCCUGAUGAAUCACAGGAGAACUUUCCACACAGACUUAUUGGCUUCUUGCAGACCUUUAACCCAUUUCAAAAGAUGCUCUGAAAGGUAUCAUCAGACAUCGUUGCGGUUCGGGAUUGGGCCUUUAACGUAUGCGUUGAUAUUGUGUAGUAUUUUUUUUUUAAUUGUGUAAAGUUCUAUUCUAUGUAAAAUAGUAUUUUUCUAUGACGACGUAACUCUUCCAAAACGAGGGAGAAAAUACAAAACAAACUGAUGAAGGGGGAAAAUAAAAAUGUAUAUCUUUGAUGUCGUUGUUGUUUUGUUUGAUUCAUUUUCUAUGAAAUAAAGACUGUACUGCUAUACUUCUCUUUUUGAGAAGAAGAGAUGAAAAAAGGAAAAUAAAAAGUCUAAUUUUA